UCGGUUAUACUAUAAAUUUCACACUGCAAUCCCCAAACCCUAAAAUCUGCAGACUCUCUCUCCCUCGCUCCCGCGGCUUAGGAAUUUUUGUGCUGUUUACUGCUUCGUCUCUAGCCAUGGCGGAUGUGGAAGCCGAUGUUGCUGCGCCAGGGAUACCGAAGAAGAGAACAUUCAAGAAGUUCAGUUUCAGAGGUGUCGAUCUCGACGCUCUCUUGGAUAUGUCCACUGAUGAGCUCGUCAAGCUCUUCCCCGCUCGUGCUCGCCGAAGGUUUCAGAGAGGUUUAAAGAGAAAGCCAAUGGCUCUGAUCAAGAAAUUGCGUAAGGCGAAACGGGAGGCCCCACCCGGUGAGAAACCUGAGCCUGUAAGGACACACCUACGCAACAUGAUUAUAGUUCCCGAAAUGAUUGGUAGUAUUAUUGGUGUUUACAAUGGGAAGACCUUCAAUCAAGUGGAAAUCAAGCCUGAAAUGAUAGGCCAUUAUUUGGCUGAAUUCUCCAUCAGCUACAAGCCUGUGAAGCACGGGAGGCCUGGUAUUGGUGCCACCCAUUCCUCCAGGUUUAUUCCACUCAAGUGAAGAUUCUGCAUGUGCCUUCAUUCUUGGCCUUAUUGGAAUGGUGUUUUGUUAAUUUAAUUUUGAUCAGUGUGUUUAGUGCUGCUACUUUUCUGACGGUGAGUAGUCAAGUUAGAACAAGACUUAGUAACGUUUGCGUUUGUUUCCUCCGCACCCCCAAAUAUACUCAAGCGAAAAUUAAGCGUAUUUUUUUUUUUGGUUGUCUUUUUAAAAUUUUAUAAAAUAUUGCAUAUUCUUCAAA